UUAAGACAGCUCUUUCUUGUUUUGAUUCUAAAAAAAUUUUUAACGGUUUUUGCUCAAAUUUGGAUUUUAAAACUUAUUUAUCGUUCUAAUAAUGAAUUACGAGGACAUUCUAACUGGCGAUUAUUCAAAUGUUUUGAGUACAUUCAAGGAAGAGCAUUGUGCAAGAUUCAAUAAUUGCAUAAAUGAAAACACCGAAAACCGCAUAAAUGGAUUUAAAUCAAUGAUAGACAAAUGUAAGGAUGCUGUAGAAAAAUAUACAGAGUCUGCUAAUGCUUCGAAUGCAAUUGCAAAUUGUGCAAACAACCUUAAAAACCAAAAGGAAUUAUGCAAUGUAUCAAAAAAAUUUCUUAAUUCCCUAAUACAAAAGAAAGAAGCAAUUGAACUCCAAGAUGAUAUAGAAUCUGAACAAAAAUCUGAGAAGUCUAAAUACAACGAGAUUCUGCAACUCUAUGAAAACUAUUUUGAUUUUACCGUUACUAACUCGUCAGAAGAUGAAGAUAAAUUAACGGCUCACAUUAAAUUUAAGUAUAAUGGAGGCACGGAGCCCGUUACAGUAGUUUUGGAUCGAAAUGAAAGAAAGGUUUUAGAGGUUGAAAUAAAUGGCACAUCGAAGAAAUUUACUGGAGAUGAUAACACUUUUAACUUUUUAAACAAUCUACGAGAAUAAUUGUGUACUAAAAAUCUAAAUGUUGAAUUAUGUAAAAAAAUUACAAUUUAGUAAAGAA